AUAGCAGGGGUUGCAUGACAACGGCGGAAGAUGGUGCCCUCAAAGGCGGGUUGGAGGCGAGGCCAAGGUAGUCUGUGGGUGGCUGCUGGCAUCCUCCUCUUCCUCUCCUCCUCCUCCUCCUCCUCCUCCGCUGGGUAAGGUGAGGAGCUCCAACGCGGGUAUAUCGGCGUUCCCCCCUCCUUCUCGCCGUUCUCCUCCCUUGCCCCGGAAGGAGUUCUCCGCUUGGUCUCGGAAGUUGUCCUGGGCAGGGUCCGGCCCAGAGCAAGGCCUGGCUGCCGCUCUCGGAACGGGACUUCGGGUUAGACUAGGCAGCAAAGGACGCCGGACUGCUGUCUUUGGCCACCCGGAGGUGACUUGGCCUCAUGAAGAAGCUCUCAUAGUCAAAACGAGUGAGAUAGGCUUUGCCCUGAAUUUGACAUAACAGAUUGGGUUGCAUGGAAUGCUGCACUUGGGCAAAGAUGCUAAUAUAAGAAGAAUUCUCCAUCUCUUCUCCCUGCUGCAACCCUCACACCCCCGAGAAGCUUCUCCUGAGGUUCAGUGGACCUUCAGGUCAAGUGACUGUUUACGUGGAAGGGCAAUAUGAUGUUUUGAAGUAUGACCGAAGUACUGAUGCUGUACCAGAGGCUAGGAGUAUUAAUGGCCAAAUCUAGCAAUCACAUGGUCUUCUAAAGAAGUCAUGGGUAGCUGUUGUAGCUGUCCAGAUAAAGAAACAGUCCCUGAUAACCAAAGAAAUAAAUUCAAGGUUAUUAAUGUGGAUGAUGAUGGUAAUGAGUUGGGUUCUGGUAUAAUGGAACUUACAGACACAGAAUUAAUCUUGUAUACCCGUAAACGGGAUUCUGUCAAAUGGCAUUACCUCUGUCUGCGCCGUUACGGCUACGAUUCCAAUCUCUUCUCGUUUGAAAGUGGUCGAAGAUGUCAAACUGGACCAGGAAUAUUUGCCUUCAAGUGUGCCCGUGCAGAAGAAUUAUUUAACAUGUUGCAAGAGAUCAUGCAGAAUAAUAGUAUAAAUGUGGUAGAAGAGCCAGUAGUAGAAAGGAAUCCACAUCAAACAGAGAUGGAAGUUCCAAGAACACCCCACACACCUACCACACCUGGGUUGAGUGGGCAGAGUCUACCUAAUGGGUAUCCAAGGUAUCCCUCCUAUGGAGAUGCUUCAUCACAUCCCUCCAGCAGGCACCCUUCUGUAGGAAGUGCACGUCUUCCUUCAGUAGGUGAAGAGUCAACACAUCCCUUGCUUGUAGCAGAGGAGCAAGUCCAUACAUAUGUGAAUACAACUGGUGUGCAGGAGGAAAGAAAAAACAGGCCAAGUGUGCGUACACCUCUGGAACGAAGGGUUUCUAAUGCAGAAACAAGCAAGUCAAGGGAAGAUGAAACUUGCUCAGAUGACAGAGAUGCCCAGGUUGUACUGGAACCUGAAGGAGUCAAAUUUGUUUUGGGCCCAACUCCUGUCCAAAGGCAGUUAAUGGAAAAAGAAAAAUUGGAAUCCAGUGGGAACAGUACUCAAGCUAGCGGAAACAGUACUGAAACUAGUGGUAACAGUACUCAAGCUAGUGGGAGUAACAACAAUGAAUGGGACACUGGAUACGACAGUGAUGAACGCAAAGAAGUUUCCUCUGGUAACAAAAUAGCAUAUGAAAAUGUAAAUAGAUUGUCCAUCCCUAGUGCCCCAGGACUCAGGAGAGGUCGUCUAAUAUCAUCCAGUACCUCUGAUACCCAGAAUAUCAACAAUUCAGCUCAGAGGAGAACUGCAUUGCUAAAUUAUGAAAAUCUGCCAUCUUUGCCUCCAGUUUGGGAAGCCCACAAGCUAACUAAAGAGGAAGAUGACAGUUUAGGACCAAAGACACCUUCUCUGAAUGGCUAUCACAAUAAUUUAGAUCCCAUGCAUAAUUAUGUCAAUACAGAGAAUGUGACCGUGCCAUCAAGUGCUCACAAAGUAGAAUAUGCAAGACGUCGGGACUGUACCCCAACAGUCUUUAACUUUGAUAUUAGGCGACCAACUUCAGAACAUAGGCAGCUCAAUUAUAUACAGGUUGAUUUGGAAGGUGGCAGUGACUCUGAUAACCCUCAGACACCAAAAACUCCUACCACUCCACUUCCACAGACUCCAACUAGGCGCACAGAGCUGUAUGCUGUGAUAGACAUUGAAAGAACAGCCGCUAUGUCAAGCUUGCAGAAAGCACUGCCACGUGAUGAUGGUACUUCUAGAAAAACCAGACAUAACAGUACUGACCUGCCUAUGUGAGCUGAAAAGCAUUAGUUAAAUCAUUUGCACCUUUGUGAAGUUUUUUUUAAAUUGAAUGAAUGCUCUGUUUUGAUCUUUAAAUGCUAUUACAUUUCAUAGAUUGAUAGAUUUUUCUGAAUACUUUAUGUGCUUCUUUAAAGGGAAUUUAAGGUAGAAAGAGUAUUGAAUAACACUGUUUCAUUUUACAAUGGUAGUAACAGCUUUUGGAUAGCAUCCCCAUCUUUUUAUAGUGCCUAUUGUAUUGGAUGAAAGUUGGAGUAACAUGCCAGUUCUGACAGACCUGGUCACUUGCCUAAUGUCACUGAAGGUGUUACAAAAAUACUUUUUUUUUAUGCCUCCUGAAACUUUGCAUUACAAGCAGGUCAGUAUUGUCUCUCAUAGCAUAGGUUUGUAGAUUCACAUAUUCCAGUUGAAUUUAUGGCUUCAUGUGGUGUAAAUGAGAGAUUCUGGUCAGUUUAAGUAGAGCCAUAACAUGGUACAAAUUCCAUUAUCUAGCAUGUGUGGACUAAGUGACAUUCUGGCACAUAAAUCAGUGCUUAGUUUGAUGGGAGAGGACUGUCAGGCAGCUGUCAUCCUCUAAAGCCCUUCCAACAGAAGCAGCUUGUGGUGGUAUUGAAGAGUGCAAGUCUAUUAAUAAAGCCAAUUAGUAAAUGUUAAA